GAGGGAAUAUUCCCAACACUUACGCGCUCUGUCGAUAGGCACAUAUACUGAGCGCUGAUUGGUUAAAACAUCGUUUACGUCAAAUUCAGCUUGUUGUCAGGUCCCUUCGUCCACAUUAGUGGAGAUUUAACAGCUGAGGGAAGUGUCUUUGGGCGCUUUUUCUCUUCUUUUUUUAGUUAUUUAAGUAUAUAUUUAUGUUUAUUUUACGAACGAAUUAGAUAGGAUAAUAAAGUUAUAUCAUGGUUCCUAUAUUUAACCAAAAAUGGGACUAUGUGCAAGCAUCAGUCUGGUGGUAUGAACAAGUCUCCUGCCACAAAUGACAAUAGUGGCUUCAAUGAAAAUAAUACUGGUGUGCUUCCUUCUUCGCAGUCUAAUAAUUAUGCUGCAAAAUCCAUUAACGAAUGUAAUCAAUGUAUGAAUGCCACUAAUGAAAGAAUAAAUUUUACAUAUAAAGAAAAUAUGGCAAUUGGUUCUCAUGCAGAAUCAUCUUCAUCUUCCGACAAAGGUUAUGAUGCAGAACAGGCUGAAAUUCAAUGUAAUAACCACCAAAAUAAUAAAAACAAGGAUGAAGAAUUAUUUAAAAAAUGGUGUGAACAAUCAAACACUGAUGUUGCAGAUUAUGAUGAUCAUAUUUCUGAAAAAUCACCAAUGUUACAAAAUCAAGAAUUAUCUGAUAUGUUACCUGCUACAUCUUCAUGGCAUAAUUAUCAGUUAUCUCAAAUAUCAGAUGAUGAUCAUUCCAUUAAAUCCACAAGAUCUGGAUCUGGAUCUGAAAUUCCAACAACUUCUUUGCACAAUACUGCACAAAUCUCUGAAUACCAUAGUGACUGUGAUAAAAAUUCAGUUAAUGCUUAUUUACAAUUCCAAGAUGAAUUGGAACCUUUAUUCCGACCUUCUUAUGAUUGUAUUCUAAUUGAUAAUGAUAUUAAAGUGAAUAACAAUAUAAAAUCUCAGUUUCCAGGAACAAGUUCUCAUAAUUCCUCAUUAGUACAAAAUUGGUUGUUUGGUGAACAUCAAAAAUAUCUUGCUGAUGAAGUAUGUGUUCAUAAAAGUUGCAUUUCAAGAUCUAGUAUUUCUGGAUGUACUUCCAUGCAUAAAAAUGAAGACAGUCAAACAAUUAACAGUAUUGAUAAUGAAUCAUUUAUUGGAAGUAACAACAGUGAUUUACUAACAAACUCAUCAAUCAAUACUGUACCAAAAAACAACAUUUCAGAAUCUAUGAUACUCGAAAGGCCAAACAGCAUUCAAUGGGAAAUAAAUAAUCUGAGAGAAGGAGCUGAAUUUCAAAGUCGUAGUUUCAGUUUAUCACCCACAGUUAACUUUGCAGUGUAUGAUGUGGAAUCUUCAAGUGAAGCAGAUGAUGUAGCUUUUUCAACUUCGAAAUUUCAAAGAAAUAGUAUUCCACAAAACAAGCAAGAAAUUAUGAAUCAUUCAGUUAUUCUUCCAGGAUCAUCAUCAACUGCUCGAUUAAGUUUAGCUAGUAGUUUUAGUGACCAUGGAGGGCCUAUAUGCAAAAUUUGUCAUACUGUAGGUAGGGAUGAUGAUCCAUUAAUAUCACCUUGCCGUUGCUCUGGAACAAUGCAAUAUAUACAUUGUGGAUGCUUAAUGAGAUGGUUAGAAAUUUCAUGCAAAAGAUCCCGUAAACCACCAAGUUGUGAAUUAUGUCAAUAUCAGUAUCACUGGCAUAAGAAAUUCAAGGUACGUCACUGGCAGUUUCCCCAUUGUUCUCGCAGAGACAUAACUUUGCAUAUUAUGUUCUUUCUUUCGGUUAUUGUAAUGAUUGCAUGUGCCACAAUAACAAUAUUGUGCUUCAAACGAGACAAAGGUACGAAAAUUGAUCCCGAUCGCACCGAACUAAAUGAUUCUGAAAUUACAACAUUUGUAUGUGGCAUCCUAUUCUUCCUGGCAUUUUUUGUUGGUAUGUAUGUAGAAAUUAAAGCAAGAAACACUAUAUAUAAAUUACUAGUCAAAUUUGUCUACCUCAACCAACAGUGGUACAUCGACGAAUAUAACAAAAAAGAAAAUAUACCUGUUUCAGUCUGAAAAAAGAAAGAAGAAUAAUAUAAUCUGUCAUUCCAUUCAUGAUUUACAUUUUGAAGGAGUGAAGUGAACAUGAUUCUGCUAUUAUACUGUAUGAUGAACUGGAGAUUACAUAAUCCAGUGUUCUCUACAAUUUUCAAAAUGAUCUCAUAAAAAUAACAAAUGAUAAUAAAUAUAUUUAAUUCAAAACCAAUGCUCAAAUGCACAAGAACUGAUUUAUGUCUUAUGCUGUUUUACUUCUUAUUGUAGCCGAAUGGAUUUGAAUGUGUAGAAGGAAAGUAAAGAUUUGAAAAUAGUUA